AUGGGAAAUGGGGGCAAGCGCGUGUGGGUAUUAUUGGCAGGCGAGUGUGGGGUUAACGGCAAGCGUGUGGGUUUGAUGGGCAGGCGAGUGUGGGAUUACAGAGAGUGCAGGAUGUCAAAACCAAAACGACACUACCGGCGAAGCGUGAGCCAGCUCGAAUGGACGGAGACUACGCCAGCAAGAGAACAGGAGGCUGAGGUUCCUCACAUGCUGGGCCACAUCAACAUGCCGUCUGGCUUUGCGGGUGGCCUCAACCUAGCAGGUGUCCAAGGUCCCGCAGGCCAACUGAAUCUCAACCACGUGCAAUCCGCCACCAAAGCAGCCAACCACCACCUCGGUCCCGACUACGUCAUGCCGCCUCAACAGCAGCAGCAAUAUUUGCAGCUUGCGCUUGCGUCCGCCAUCGCCGAGCAAGUCUUGGAAAUGCGCACGCACUUUUAUUCGGGGUUAUAUAUCCGCACUCAGCCCUCGAUCGCAGCAUUCGUUUUGGGGAAUGAUGAUGGCACAGGCCGAGCGAGGAUAUUGCCGCUGAGGCAAGGAAGGACCUGGAGGCUGAGCGUCAGCGUAGGGCGUGGAAACGCCGCAGGGCAUAACGAAAGUUGUUUACAACUGCGCAACGCAUUCAACGAGAAGAGAUUUCGCGGCAUCAUGACCACCAAGGAGAAGAUGAAACUUGUGAAGAUGGUGACAGGCGUGCAGGCAUGGGGAGAAAGGGAAAGUUGGGAUUUGACGGUGCAGGAGGCGGAGAGGGAUCUGGACGAGGUGCCGAUGCGAUCUUGGCAGCGUACGAGGCCGCGGCACAACCAAAAACGCCGGUUCCAACCGCAAGUCCACAUCGUGUCGUCGCGCCAUCGUUCUUCAAGGUCAUUCACGGUCUGGACAGCGUCGAUGACCAACGGUUCGAACAACUGGAUAAGAAAGACACCUACGCCGAGCUGGCCAAGCUCGCUGAACGCCGGUUCAGCGAGAACACCUUGA